CGCCCAAGGUAUGUGUCCCAUUCAAUCACAGUCGAUAGGCAAAUUCUUUCGAGAAAGGAUCGAAUCUCUUGCGGGGAGAGACGAUACUUGAACUGGUAAAAAGUGGAUUGAUUUCAAUGUGAUUAAUCUUUCUCACAUUCAUCGUUGCAUUGAGUUCUUCAACUGUUACGCAAGUCUUCGUUACACAAUGCCAUCACCAGCUUUCCUGAGGCUCACGAUCGUCCUGCUGCUCUACCCAAGUUGGGCGAUUGGCCGCGAUUACCAGUGCAUUCCGUAUCCGGUCGAGUCCCGUUGUGAAAUCGAGUGGGUCGCGCACGAUCGUCACGAAUCGAUAACCUUCCCCAGCGGGUACCAGCACUUCCGCAUCGUCUCGAAGGACGUCCUCGAUCGGGAUGUCAGUUUGACGCGGUUCGACAGCGCCGUUUACGAGGCCAUGCACAGACCGCUGUCGGUUGAGAUUCUGUUUGCCGAGCUGCAGCAGGUGGUACUUCCUGAGGAACUGAUUCUCGGAGGAUUCGCCAACAACCAGAUAACUGAUCUAGUCGUGGAUCGCGACCAAAACUACACGAUCAAGUACCUGGAUCUGGACGUCAACAAGCUGACCGAAAUUGGCAACGUCAGCUACCUGGUCCAGCUGGAGACCCUCCGACUCGAGGCGAACCAGCUGGACUCGUUGGACGGUCCCGCGUUCACCCCGCUCAUCAACCUCAAGCGACUCUACCUCAGCUACAACCAGUUCAAAACGAUCCCCUGGCGAGACCUUCCCCCGAGUCUGGUCGGAAUAGACUCGUACUACGGCGCCCUCAACCAGGUGGACUUCCGCGGGGCCAAACUCGCUGCCUUCAAGCGGCUCGUCCUGACGGGCAACUUCCUCACGAAUUUCAACGCCACCCAGCUGCUCGAAGUCGCGCCGAACCUCGAGGAGAUCUACCUCGGCCACAACCCAAUCCCGUACAAAAACAUGCAACGAAUCGAGCAAAAGUUCAUCAACUGGAACGUGACCGUCGUGGCGGCGGUCAACCCGGAGUGUCACGGCAUGCGCGACCUCGCGUGCCUCAUGGAGAAGCAGCCGGAACUGUCCGAGGGUUGGAAGUUGCUGAUUCUGCUGAUCGCGAUGGCCAUGCUGGUGCUGUUCGCAGUGUUCAUUCUGUUGUUGAUCAAAAAGGUUCAAGAUUGAUCUCCAACGUGUUCGGAAAUGAUGUGAUGUGUGAUUUGAAAGAUUUCCGGGAUAUAGCAAUAAAAGCGGUUAGUUUAAAAGCGU